AUGGAUUACGGCGGUGGAGAGGACCUGGUUCCCUGUGGAAAAGACAAAUUCAUCUCCAAAAAUGAGCUGCUCUUGCACUUGAAGACCUACAACAUCUACUACGAAGGGCAAAAUCUGCAGCUGCGGCACCGGGAGGAGGAAGGGGAGCUCAUCGUGGAGGGGCUGCUGAACAUCUCCUGGGGGCUGCGGCGUCCCAUCCGCCUCCAGAUGCAGGACGACAACCAGCGCAUCCGACCACCACCCUCCUCCUCCUCCUGGCACUCUGGCUGCAACCUGGGGGCCCACGGGUCUGUGCUGAAGCCCAGCACCUUGCCAGACAUCCAGGUGACGGAUGCGGAGGCUGCGCCGAACGCGGAGGCUCCCGGGAAUGGCACAGGUGAGCCAACUCCCAAGGCUCCCCCAGAGGAGGCUCCUCAGCUGAUGCGGACGCGGAGCGACGUGGGCGUGCGUCCCCGCGGCACUUCCCGCACGCCCAGCGAGCAGCGUCGCAUCCGCCGGCAUCGCUUCUCCAUCAACGGCCACUUCUACAACCACAAGACCUCGGUGUUCACACCUGCCUACGGCUCCGUCACCAACGUGCGGAUAAACAGCACCAUGACCACCCCUCAGGUCCUCAAACUGCUGCUCAACAAGUUCAAGAUCGAGAACUCGGCGGAGGAGUUCGCGCUCUACGUCGUCCACACGAGUGGAGAGAAGCAGAAGUUGAGAGCCAGUGACUACCCCCUGAUCGCCCGAGUCCUGCAGGGCCCCUGCGAACAGGUCUCCAAGGUCUUCCUCAUGGAGAAGGACCAGGUGGAAGAAGUCACCUACGACGUCGCUCAGUACAUCAAGUUUGAGAUGCCCAUCCUCAGGAGCUUCAUCCAGAAGCUGGAGGAAGAGGAGGACCGUGAAGUGAAGAAGUUGAUGCGCAAGUACUCCAUCCUUCGGCUGAUGAUCGAGCAGAGGCUGGAGGAGAUCUCAGAAGGUCCAACGGCGAUGUGA